AUGCACUCAGUCACGGAGUCUAAGCGUACUUCAAAGGCGGCGAUGACUUCCUUCGUCUCCGUCGACUCACUCGACAAGGAAGACGUAGAGAGCACCAUGCCGCACGAUGAACGAGUACCAGAAUGGACGCCGAGUCGACAGGUCAAAUUGAUUGUACUCGGUCAAGCGUUUGUCGUGUUUGCCAUCUCGCUGGACAUGACCAUCUUGACCACCACACUACCGGUAUGAUACCUACGACGGUCUCAGAUCGAACGUCACUGACAUCCCACAGGACGUCGCUCAAGCACUCAACGCCGACGCUAUCAUGACAUUCUGGAUUGCUGCAUCAUACCUUCUCGCCAAUGCCGUCAUUCAACCGAUCGUGGCCGCCGUCGCCGACAUCUUUGGUCGACGAAGUGUCAUCUUUGUUGCCCUGGUCCUCUUUACUCUUGGGUCGAUCCUGUGCGCUGUGGCCGACAACGUAGCGUGGAUGCUUGCUGGAAGGACGAUCCAGGGGAUAGGAGGCGGCGGUAUCCUGUCCGUCAACCUCAUCAUUGUCUCGGAUUUAGUCCCGUUGAGGUACAGAGCCAAGUACAUCAGCUUCCAGCAGCUGUGUGUCUCAGUCGGCUUCAACGUUGCACCCAUCAUCGGCGGGCUCCUGGUGAAGCACACGACUUGGAGAUGGUGAGUGUCUCUUGCGGGAGUUGGACGCCAGCGCUGACAUAUCUCGAAGGCUAUUCUACAUCAACCUGCCGUUUUGUGCAAUUGGCUUGACCAUCAUUCCCUUCGCAUUGAGAUAUGAACGACCCAAGUCCUCCAUCGACGAUAAACUCUCCAACGUCGACUGGGCUGGCUCGCUCAUGUUCAUCAGUGGAAUGACCACCUUUCUUGUUGGCAUCACAUGGGGUGGAACUCAGUUCCCGUGGAACAGCGCGGCCACUCUGGUUCCUCUGAUCCUUGGCCUUGCCGUGGUUUUCAUAACCGGCCUUUACGAGCGAUUCUUGGCCAAGGUCACUUUCCUUCGACUGUCCCUAUUCCACAGCUGGUCGGCGAUUGCGAUCUACGCAUGCACUGUCCUUCAGGGCCUCACGCUCUUCAGCGAGCUGUAUUUCCUGGUCCUGUACCUGUUGACCGUCCGCUUGUACUCGCCACUGCACUCGGGCAUCUUCAUCCUGGCAUUUUCGAUGAUCUGCGUUCCAGUCUCUGGUACCGUGGGCCCUGUCAUAGUCCGAGUCGGCUCAUACAGAUGGGCAGUCUGGUCUGGUUGGGUGAUCAAUACCUUGGCUCUGGGAAUUCUGACCAUGCUGGACGCCAAGACCCCGACUGUCGCCUGGGUCUUCAUGUUCCUGACCGCCGGCAUCGGACAAGGUCUUCUCUUCAUCGCCCACUCGAUCGCUGCACAAGCUGCCUGCCGGCAAAAGGACGCCGCCCAUGCGAUGGCCAUGUACAGCUUCACGCGCAGCCUGGGCCUCUGCCUCGGCGUGGCGCUCGGCGGCACCAUCUUCCAGAACUUCAUGCUCCAUCAACUCGCGCACCAAGGACUCCCGAUUGCAAUCGCGAAAGUCUCCGAAGGCUUCGCACCGUUCCUGCAAGCCAUGCCUGCGAGUGCCGAACGGGCCGCCAUCAUCGACGCAUACGCGUGGUCCCUGCAGAUGCUGUUCACGACGCUCUGUGGCAUCAGCGGGCUCGGACUCUUCCUCUCGUGCUUCAUCCGAGGGCACUCGCUCAACCAGGAGCACGAAGCCGAGCAUCGACUGAGGGAUGACGGGCCCGCCAUUACCGCUUAA